GUCAACACACACAUACGCACAUGUUUGACUUUAUAGGGCACGCGCGUGAGUUUCGGAAGUGUAAUUGACGUUAAAUUAAAUUGCAAACAUGAAACUUUCAUCGCUGGUGCCGUGGUUGUUCCUUAUUAUUAUUGGCUUUGUAGUACUCGCCAAAGUCGACGACGCGAAACUUUACGACAGAGCAGACACGAAGGCUACCAACGCGGCAUUUCGUUCGUGCAUCAGGGAGUGCGUCAAGAUUGACUCCCGAGAUGGCAGAACCGACUACACCGUUUGCUGCACCAGGAAGUAUCGUCUGCGGAAGCCGAGAAGAGUCAUCAGUUGAUUCAGUUCUGUCGACCGUUCUUGCGCGGGCGAAUGGAUGUGUGUAUCCCGCAAAAAAAUGUUCUGGUGCGUUGCACACAAAAAUAUAACAUAAUAGAGAGAUCGCCAGCGAGCAGACGUGUGAAGGAGAUAAAGUGUUGCUGGCUCUCCAUCAAAGCUCGCCUCGCCGUGUUGUGCGCACACGCGCAUCAAUCAUAUCAGCUACGCGCACGCGAAAAUUCGUCUCGUCUUGUUAACUUGCGUAUCUAUAUUCUUAUAUAUGCACAUGAGCACAAACGCGCGCAAACUCGACAGCCCCCGCUCCCUACUCACGAACUCGAAUAGAUACUGCUCGCAAGGGCUCCUGAUUUUAUUAACGUUUCGUCGUAUUUCAUGUGCCGAGUUAUCGUGUAUUGCCGAUGCUGUAUUUUAUUUUAUUGGAUUUCUUUUUCAGAUGAUGAUGUGAAUGCUGCUUCUUGCCUAAAAUAUAUAGUGAAUCAUGUUGUUUUGAUCUUAAUCGUUUUUACAAUUACAAUUCUCAGUUUACGACCAAACCUUAAUGUUUAUUUCGGUCUUCCUAUAUCGAGUUAUAUAAACAAUAAUACGAGCAUAUUUUUCUACUCUUGAAUAGUUUAUUAGUAAUGCAUUUAUCAGUCAGCAUCGUUAUUAUUUUAUGUACUCGACAGAAAAUCAUAUUAGUGAGAAUUAUUAGCCGAUAAUUAUUCGUUAGGAUAAUAUCGAACGGAUAAAUAUCAGCUAAUAAUUCUCGCUGAAAUGUUCGUGAUUACAUCUACUUUUUUUCUCAAAUAUCACGGGGACGCACGCUUUUCACUCAACGAGUCAGCAGGUUUUCGCAAGCUUUAAACGCUCAUGCAAAGCGCGGCUAUAACUGAAAAGCGAGUAUUAUCAUAAGCUCACGCGAGUCGAAGCUUUCGUUUUCCGUGAAGCUUACAUAACGAGAGAGAGAGAGAGAGAGAGUUGGCGCAAUGCGUGUUCUGCAAACUACGAGUACAUUUAUAAUAAGUGGUUAUGUGCGAAGUGAACUUUUCAGUAUGGUAUAAUCGUCAAAAGAGGGAUAUGUAUAUGUAAAUUUGAUUUCACCCGCGGUUCGGUUGUGGAUAGAACUCUUGAGCCGAGCUUUCUAAGUAUAGUUUCGAAAUUGAUUAGCGGUAUUGUUAGUUUUAAUAUGUCGAUGUUUUAACGGAGAAAGCAAUAAUUCCGGAAUUUUUUAUUGCGAAUGAAGCGCAUGAGGCGAUAAUACUUUUUAUUGGGAUGCUGAAAAAACCUUUUGUACUUUUAUUUCACGAAAUUUUAUACUGAGCUUUUUUCGGGUUUGUCGGCUAUUUCCAAACUUUUGCGUUCCAAACAUUUCUGUGGCUAUUAAACUCCAGCGCAACGUGCUCAUUUAUUUUUGCCGUUCGAACGAAUAUGUUAAAAAAUGAAUGUCUUUAUUUCAGCUGUGCGUUGCAGGGGAAGUUGGAUUGAAAUGUUUUUUUUUUUUUCAAAGUGCACAAACGUACAUUUUAUAUUUAUUUCGUUUUCAAUCAACAGUCUGACUUUCUCGUCAAAGACAAUAUCACGUCGCAUUUUUGUUUCGAAUGAACGCACCGAAUCCAAAUAACAAAUAGCCAAUCAAACAACCAUUUUUCUACAAAUAAUGCUUUUUUUGAGCAAGCAAUGAAAAAUUUUCAUUUAACAAAAUCCCGUGUUUGAGGAAAAGCUCUCGCGCUGUAAUUUUCAAGCUCGUACAUCGAAGAUUCGAUUCGUUUAAACACACGCGAAUAACAAAAAUCCAUUAUAAAGAACCAUCUUAAGUAAGUAAAAACGGGAAAUUGUAAAGGAGUAUAAUGAUAAUGGUUGGAAACUAUAAAACGCGA